GAAAAAACACUCGCAACUGUGACUUAGCCCGCUGACUGGCGAAAGCGCAAUGGCAGUUAGUUCACACGCGCCAAACGGGACUUGUAUACGAGAUGGGGAAUGACAGUGGGACUGUGGACUCACUCGUAAGUUCUUGCAGAAAACGGUAACUCGCUUUCUCACGCACGGGUUCUGCUACUGCCUGCCAAGAUGGCGGCGCCCAUGUUAAACGGAGGCCCUCCGACUCCUGAUGUUGUGGAAGUGUUAAGAAACUUGGAGCGCGGCUUCGUAACCACUAUUUUCUUCUAUCGUAAAAAACCAGAGCGUCGGACCUUACGAGUCAAACUCGAGACUCGCCAGUUGUUGUGGAUUAAGAGCCAUGGUGCCCGACCAGAAGGCCACGUGAAUUUACGUGAAGUAAAAGAAGUUCGUGCUGGGAAGGCUUCUCGUGAUUUUGAUAAAUGGCAAGAUGAGUCCAGGAAAGUUGACAAAAACCUGACUUUUGUUGUCUUUUAUGGCAAUGACUUUAAACUAAAGACACUUUCAGUAGUAGCCCUCAAUCGUGAUGAGUUUUCACAAUGGAUGAAAGGUUUGGAUUACUUGGUCAAGGAGACACAAUGGUCUGGCUAUCAGCUGCAGCUGGAGAGAUGGCUGAGGAUGGAAUUCUACAUGAUGGAGAAAGCAGGCAGUGAUGUUGUAACAUUGAAGAACCUCAAAGCAUGGUUGCCACGCAUCAACUUCAAAAUGUCUACCAACAGAUUGAGGGAAAAAUUUCAGGAGAUUGACAUAGAAGGGGUGGGAGAAAUUUGCUUCACACAGUUCACAACACUUUACCAUAUGCUGGUCCAUACUCAACAGUUAAUUACAGAGUACUUCGACAAAUAUUUUGAUCCAAGCCCUGAAGAGAGACGGAUGACACCUGAACGCUUCCAGUACUUUGUUGUUGAAGAGCAGAAGGACAACAAUGGAGCAGAAUUAUCCUAUGUCAAGCAUGAGAUGUCACUUUUCCUUGAUGAUCCCAUGCGAGUCAACAGUAAUCUGUACUUUACAGAAAAAGAGUUCUUGGAUUACCUGUACAGUCCUCAAAAUACUAUUUGGGAUAGUUCCCAUGACAGAGUCAACCAGGACAUGGACAAACCUUUGUCUAGUUACUGGAUAGCUUCUUCGCAUAAUACGUACUUGACUGGUGAUCAGUUAUCCAGCGAGUCCUCAACAGAGGCCUAUGCUCGAUGCUUGCGUAUGGGAUGUCGUUGUCUGGAGUUGGACUGCUGGGAUGGACCAGAUGGAUACCCUUAUAUUUAUCAUGGACACACUCUCACCUCCAAAAUCAAGUUCAUGGAUGUAUUGGAAACAAUAAAGGAACAUGCCUGGGUUGCUUCAGAAUACCCAUUGAUUCUGUCCAUAGAGAACCACUGCAGCCUUGGCCAGCAGCGCAACAUGGCUAUGGCUUUCCGGGAUGUGUUUGGAGCAAGUCUGCUAGUAGACCCUAUUCAGAAAGAUGCUACACUUCUGCCGUCUCCACAGCAGCUAAAAUACAAGAUUAUUCUUAAGCACAAAAAACUGCCAGACUGGGUAGACGGGAAUGAGUGGCGAUACACCGUGGCUUCAGAAGACAGCAGUAAUAUGGAGAUUGAUAUCAGCACUUCCGUGAAGAAUGGGAUCAUGUACUUGGAAGAUCCAGUAGAUCCAUGUAAGCUUUUUAUAUGGCGACCCCACAUCUUUGUUCUCAAUGGCACCAAACUGUACUACACAGAGGAGACACAAAAUCCUGAUCAAGAUGAAGAAGGUGAAGAUGAAGAGGCCCUUGAAGAUGGUCGGCCAGUGGAUGAGUUACACUUCAGUGAAAAGUGGUUUCAUGGUCGCUUGGAGGGAGGUCGGCGCAGAGCUGAAGAAUUGCUGCAUCAAUACAGUUGGCUUGGUGAUGGGACAUUUCUUGUCCGUGAGAGUGACACAUUUGUUGGUGACUUUUCUCUAUCAUUUUGGCGACAAGGCAAAGUGAAUCAUUGCCGAAUCAAGUCACGUCAGGAGAGGGGGCAGACCAAGUACUAUCUGAUUGAUGCUGUCACUUUUGACAGCCUUUACAACCUCAUUUGUCAUUAUCGACAGUUUCCUCUUCGUUCCUCGGACUUCACUCAGCUUCUGAGGGAACCUGUGCCUCAACCCCAGAGCCAUGAAGGAAAAGAAUGGUAUCAUGAAGGGAUGAGCCGGGCUGCUGCUGAAGACAUGUUGAAAAGGAUUCCUUAUGAUGGAGCCUUUUUAGUACGUCACAGCGGACAAGAUCAGUACAGUUAUGCAAUCUCAUUCAGGGCAGAGAGCAAGAUUAAACAUUGUCGCAUCAAGCUGGAUGGUCGACUGUUUGUCAUUGGUAAUGCUCGAUUUGAGAGCCUGGUGGAACUUGUUUCGUACUAUGAGAAGAAUCCACUUUACAAGAAGAUGAGGCUGAAGUACCCUGUUAACAUGCAAGUUGUUGACCGCCUUGACAUGGCACCAGAUGAUACAGGCAUCUAUGGCACACCAGACCUCUACAUUAAUCCUAAUGACUUUACAACAAAAGUGCGGGUAAAAGCACUUCAUGAUUACAAUGCUAACCGUGAUGAUGAGCUCUCUUUCUGUAAAGGAGCAAUAAUUACCAAUGUCACUAAGCAAGAUGGCGGAUGGUGGCGUGGUGACUAUGGCACAAAAAAACAGCUCUGGUUUCCGUCCAAUUUUGUGGAAGAGAUCGAGGCACAUAAUGACUCUGGAGUAUCCAUGCCUUUGGGUUCUCUGCAGCAGGGUAGCAUCGAUGUGCUGGGUUGUAUUGUCGAACCACUGCCAAUGCAUGGAGAUCGGUAUGGUCUCCGUAUUGUAAUGCCACAGCAGGCAUUGCCCUUUGACAUGCUGGUUGAUUCGGAGGAGGACAUGCGUGAGUGGGUGGACAAAAUCAGUGAUGCUUCUUGUGCUGCAAAACAGAGAACAUCGGAGCAGAAGAUGCUGGAGCGGACAAUGCGAAUUGCUCGAGAAUUCUCAGAUUUAAUAGUAUAUUGCAGGGCUGUACCAUUCUGCCCUGAGGAGAUUCCAGGGCCUUUUUAUGAAAUGUCAUCUUUCCCUGAAACCAAAGCAGAGAAAUAUGUCAACAAGCACAAAGCCAAGUUCUUUCUACAAUACCAUCGCCGUCAGCUAAGCAGAGUGUACCCCAAAGGUCAGCGAGUUGAGUCCUCCAACUAUGACCCUGUUCCCUUCUGGUUAUGUGGGUCACAGAUGCUGGCACUGAACUACCAGACACCUGACCGUCCCAUGCAGCUGAAUCAGGGCCGCUUCUUGGCUAAUGGCAGGUGUGGUUACAUUCUUCAGCCUGACAUUCUCCACCAUGAAUCCUACAGCCCGUACGAAAAGAAGUUUCUUGGUCAGCUGGGUGUUGAGCCCCUCACAUUGAGCAUUACUAUACUUGGUGCACGUCAUUUAGUCAAGACAGGACGUGGUAUCGCCAGUCCUUUUGUUGAGAUGGAGAUAGCUGGCAUCAAGUGUGACAAUCAGAAGUUCAAGACAGGAACUAAGGUGGACAAUGGACUGAAUCCAGUUUGGAAUGAGAGCUGUGUCUUCGAUGUGCUGUGCCCAGACACAGCCCUCAUUCGAUUUGCAGUCAUGGAUGAAGACAUCUUUGGGGAACCUAAUUUUCUUGGCCAAGCCUGCUUCCCUGUUCCUUGCAUCAGAAGUGGGUAUCGCAGUGUGCUCUUGAAAAAUGGAUAUAGUGAGCCCCUGGAGUUGGCUUCUUUGCUUGUGCACAUUGAUAUGAGGAACCCUAAGGAGAGCGAGGAUAGUGACAUAUAUGCAUCCAUUCAAGAAUUGCGUGACCAGUCUGAGACACUCACCCAGCAGAUAGAACAGAUGGAGCAGACAGGUGACCGAGAACAUGCCAUUAUCAUCAAGCGCCAGUUGGAGGCCACGCAUGAGCGACUUUUGGCCAAGAACCGUGAGCGUGAUCAGCGCAAAUUCAACCAGCGGCAUCAAAAAGUCUACAGACGACAAUCUAACAUGUGAAAACUUUUUGACACCUUUACUUCAGUGAUUUUCCAGAGUUGCACACAGAAUAUUUUGGAUUCCUUUUUCAAUCCCAAACCCUGUCUCAUCUGCCUAGUACAUAGCCCGGGCAGCAGCUAGGCAGCCUAGAACUUCACCUCGUCAUUAUCUGCUGGGACUCACAAUUUGCGUUGAUAUGUUCCAGAUUUUCUGUAUUUAAAUUUAACCUUGAAUAACCUUACAAUGACUGAGCAUAGAAUGUGAAACAUUAACUGAGACACGCUUGCUCACACUGCUGUGUCUGUGAUGUGUAUGUGCAUGCGUAUAUGUGGGUCAAACGAGAGUGUGGGAGUAUGUGUAUGUGCUUGCUAAUGCAUGUAUCUGAUUGUAUGUCCUGUUUGAAAAGCAAGUCCACGUUUACAUAAGUGGAAUCUUGAGUUCUGCACAAGUUGUUAUGAAAGUCCACAAAAUGGUGUUGCGUGUAUUUUACAAGGCAAGCUUGCAUUGAACAAAGUCGACAUCAAGAAAUGGUGGAAGGUAUUUGUAAUAUGUGGACCUGGACAAGUCAUAAAUACUUUUGCCUUUUGUGCAUUACCUGCUAAUCUUUGACAUUUGUGCAUUACCUUCUGAUCUUCAACAUUUGUGCUGUCAGAUGGAAGAACUAUUCUGUUUAUAUAUUAAAAGGUUCUGGAAUAAUGAAUAAUCCUUCAUGAUUCUGUGGUGAUUUGUGCUGCCAGUGUUUCCCUGUAUUAGAUGUUAUAUAAAAAAAAUUAUUUAUUAGGUUUUUUUUUUCACUUUUAGCUAGUCUUAUUUUUCAGCAUAUUGAUAGAUAGUUGAGUGCACUGGUCAUAUGAUCUACGUAAUUUUCUUCUGCAUAAAUGAAAACAACAGAAAGUCAUAUAUUUUAUAAUGUAUGAAGUAGCAAAUAACUAGCACAAGCUGUAUGGAAGGCAUCAGUUAGCUGUUUAAAUGCAAUGCAACAUUUACAAAUAUUCCCACUGUUAUGUCCCUCUCUUUUUGUAAAUUGGUCCUGCUGCUAUAGCUAUGGGACAGAAACAGUGACUUCACAGUGUUACAGUUUGUUGUAGGCUCAUGCCAUGUGCUGCUGCUCUAACUUUAGUCAAAUGGCAGCUUAGGUUUGGAGCGCAUUACACAAAUAUAGUAGUAUUCGCUACAGGGGGAUGUGGGCAAGCAGUCCUAGUCCAGGCAUCAUGCAGACAGACAUUUUGAAAUGGCUUUAUAAUAAUGUCUCAAAAAAAGUCCAAAAAAGACUUGAUUGCAAAAUUGGCUUGCUUAGUUCAUACUGGGGAAACAGUCAACCACAGAACCUAGUCUUUGUAUACAGACACUCUCAUUUACAGAAGUAUGGUUCUGCUGACCACCACUUCAUGCAGUUUUUAUAUAAUUUGAGUUUCCUUCUUCUUACUCAUUUUCUUAUAGAACAAAGACCUGUGCAACCUAUAAUCUGUUCACAGAUCUUAAAAGGCACAACAUAACUGAAUUGUAAAUAAUACAUACUAGGAGACUUGUAUAGCAGUUUAUGAAACCUUAGCAGCCAUUUUUAUAUAACAAAUUAUUUUUUUCUUUUUGUUUUGGAAUGUAGAAUUAUUUCAGAAUUCUACAUGUAAAGUCAAAUUUGUGUGAUGGAAAUGUAAAACAAGAACUGCAUGUAUUUUUUUUUUCCUUCAUCAGAUCAUAACCCUUGAAGUGUUUAUUAUGGAAAGCUCUAUUGGAAAAAAUUCCAAUGGAGGGAUACAUGCUUCAGAAAGUAGAGAGUGACAGCAGGAGCUACGUCUAAAAAAAAUUAGAUAUUGUUCCCUGGCUUUCAAACUUGAGAACCAGGGUGUACUAGAGAGAGAGAGAAGACAUUAAUUGCACUUGUUAAUACAAAACUUGAACAUGUUAUGUUUUUAUUGUGUUUCUGUGAUCAUUGUCAGCAUUGCCUUCAAGUGCUCCCAUGAAUGUAUGCACAGUUUGGCAUGGACAAGAUCUGGUUUUUCCUCAGUGGGAUUAAACGAUAGUGGUGUGGGGAUGAGCAUUUUAUUUUCUAGAGUUUGUUGGCUGGUUAGUAACUAUCUUUAAGGAAGAUUUUGGCGGUUAGCCUAUUGUCUGCUUUAUCCUAAUGGGCAAUCCAUAGAAUGCAGGUAGGAAAAUGCUGGAUUUUGUGCAUAUUUUUAGAUUUUGUUAAAUGCAGACACAGAUGUGAUUAAUUGAUGUAAGUAAGAAAUUUAAGGGCUUUUUUUAAAACAUUUCUGCACUUUGCAUUUUCCUCAAUUUCUGGUAGUUAUGUGUCCUAGUAUUUUUGUUAUACUUUCAUCCAGUCUCCAAGUUCCUACCCUCACUUCUCACUUGAUGACUGUAUGUGUGCAUGUGUGUGAAAAAGAGAUGGACAGCAAAUAGCUGAAGGGAAACAAGUCAAUCAAGGCUUUUUCUACAAAUAAGUUUUACAAAAGUGAAACUGUUUAUAGUUUGCCCUUUUUCAGUUAAUACUUAUUGAGAUUCUUUGAUUUUUUUUUUCAAAGUAGGGAUUCCUUUGUGUGCACAUACCCAGAACAUCAACUUAUUUUAUCAUGUAUGUAUUCAAAUUUGUAGAUACAGAGCAAAAGUGAGGAGGAUGAGAGACGCCCUGUUGCAAGUGACUUUUGGUUUGAUAGUGAUUGAAGAAUCCUGGAAUGUGUAGGUUUGCUUUAUUGUAUGAACAAAACUUGAUAUUUACUUAUUAUGAAACAUGCUGUUUUAUGUGACUCAGACUUGUUUUAAAAUAAUCUGUUGUCACAGACGUCUGAUGGGUUAAGUUUAUAUGCGCAUGGAGGGGCAGAGGGAGACUAAUUUUUUUGAAGGUUUGCAAUAUUUGAAUGGAGGACUAGAUGUGGUAGGUGUGUAGAGAGCUGGUGACUGGAGAAAUGGUGACAGCGAUUGGUGGAGCAAGGUAAUAGGAUGAGAUUUUAGGAGGGGAUAAGACUGAUGGUGGUAAGGAGAAGGAGGUGACUGGAUCAAUAGAGACUGAUAUAUUAGUGGAAGAAGCGACUGACAAGGGUAUGGUAAGAGAAGGACCAGUUAAGUGACCUCAUGCUGACAAAUAGCAAUAAAUGGUCCAACAUUCCACAUGAGUUUCAUAUUUGGGUCCCAGGAACAGUGGUGCAAAAACAGAUUUAUAUAAAAUCUUUAGCAAGGCAUUUAUCAUGUGUAACGCAUUCUUUGGAAUUAAUUUCCCUGAAGCACAUUAGAUGAGCUACUGCAGGAAGGCGAACGGGUUGGUCACAGAGGGCACAUCAGUAUUGAUCUCGUGACGCACCUUCUCAGGGUUUGUCAUAAUUAUAAUGUUGAUGUACUGAAACAGUCAUGAAAUAGUCACAGACAGGUUAAAUGUUCAUGGUCGAAGGUGAGGGAGAUGUGUUCUGCUGUGGCAGUGGUGGUGUGUGCAUGCAUGUGAGAGAGAAAGGGAAACAUGAGCUUUUAAAGCAACUGAAGUGAAAUUUGACUGCAGCCAUUUAAUAACAAUCAAGAUAUUACAAUGUUUUUAAAAGCAAGACAGCAUUGAAAAACAUUUAUCAUACUAAUGUUAAUAAACACAAAACGCUUUUAAAAAUCAGUGUGAUAAAGUGCUUAAAAUUUUCUUCUUUUGUGUUUUUCAUUAAAUUGUGAUACAGUAACUGAUAUUAAUAGGUUGACAUUUGAAGACCAUUUGCAUGGACUGUUAGUGUACCCAGACCAGGCUUGACAGCUGAGGAUACGUGAUAGAAUAUGGUCAGUAAGAUAGUGCUUGGUUAAUUAGUGAUGUGUUAGGCAAAUUGAGAGAUUUGAUUGUUACAGAUUGUGAAAGUCAUGUAUUAAUGUAUAUGUCCAAAAUCUGGCAUGAAUCCUUCAGAUACUUUCUUUGGAUUUUUUAAAAAAUUACUUUUUAAUUGGUGUAGUAUGAGAAAGUAGUGUGUGUGGCUAGAUUGAUUUGUCAAAUUUGUGAAAUAUACACAAAAAAUCCUUAGUUUAGCAAGUGCACGUGUCUGUGUGUGUACAUUUGGAUGAACAGUUGUGACAGACGAGAAAAAAAAUUGACUAGCAUGCAUGUGGCAUCAGAAGAAAGCAAGUCUGUGUACCUUAUUAUGCGUAUAUGGAUGAUUCACGUAUGUACAGAAGUGUCCGUGUAUUCUUUUAUGCAGAUUUGAGCUAAAGGUCAAAAGAUGUGUUCUUUUCUUUGUUACAUACAUUUUCAUGGUGUAAAUCAAAACCAGCAAUUUUUGUAUAAUUUUCAAAUUUUUGUGUGUGCUACAAGUCAAAUGGUGAUUUCUUGUAACUUAUCAAAGAUUUUCACUAACAUGAUCUUGGAGUGCCUGUUUGUUCUACAGUGCUAAUAGUCUGACAGUAUAUAAUUUCUGCAUCAGUUCUUUCCUGAAAGGAAGUCAUUCAUUCAGUAUUGAUGAAAAUUAUCAUUUUUGUCUUUGAUGAUCAUCAGGAUGCAGUAGUUUGAGUCACAUCCUGAGAUGUUUACUUUUUCUUCCUCCAGGUAAUAAAGAACUUUUGCUGUCAGACUAACAUUAACUCUGAUACAACUAAUUACAAGUCAAUACAUGGCAAAUCAUGUUGAUCCCCAGGAAUUUAUAUUUUGCAUGUGAUUGUAAGAGGGCUUCAUUCAUGUAAUUAUGUGGACUUAAGCAAUAGUGAAUAAAUGUGCUGUUACAUUAUUUUUA